AUGAGAGGUCCUUAUGCUCAAUUGUUGCUUCUACUUGGCCUCCUCCUAUGUACCGCAACUUCAAUUUGUUUUGCUUUGAAUAAUUCUGAGGUGAGAUGCAUAGAGGAAGAAAGACAAGCACUCCUCAAAUUCAAACAAGGCCUUAUAGAUGAUUCGAAUUUGCUGUCUUCUUGGGGCAGUCAGAAAGAUUGCUGCAAAUGGAAAGGAAUUGAAUGCAGCGAUCAAACAGGUCACGUUGUCACGCUUAAUCUGGGGCGAGAUAAUACUUCUGACGGGCAUUUUCUAUCAGGUGAGAUGAGCUCUUCAUUACUUGGUUUGCAGCAUUUGACUUACUUGGACUUAAGUUUCAAUAAGUUUUCCAUCCUGCCAGAGUUCAUUGGUUCAUUCACUAACUUGCAAGUAUUAGACUUGUCUUCAAAUUCAUUAGAAGGUGACAUCACCGAUUCACAUUUGUCGAAUCUUUCCAGCUUAUUUCAAUUGGACUUCUCAUCUAAUUCUUUGUCUUUGAAGUUUAGUCCAAGUUGGGUUCCACCAUUUCAUUUGGAAACCAUCAAAUUGAGCUCUUGCAAUUUGGGGCCAGCUUUUCCUCAAUGGCUUCAAACACAAAAGAAUUUUUCAUGGCUUGAUAUAUCUAAUGCAAAAAUCUCAGACACCAUUCCCAAUUGGUUUUGGGACCUUUCUUCCAAUAUAAAAUUUUUAAAUCUCUCACACAACCAGAUUAAUGGCACUAUACCUCUUCAAUGGUUUUCGACAAACUUUAUUGGUUCUCCUCUGAUAGAUUUGAGUUAUAAUCGCCUCAGUGGUCCAUUUCCACAAUUUAAUUCCGCUUCAAUCGUGUUGAAUCUCUCCAAUAAUUUGUUCCAAGGAUCUAUUACAUCCAUAUGUGAAACAAAUGGCUCCGUGAAUGCCAUUUCUAUGUAUUUGAGUUAUCUUGAUCUUUCGGAUAACUUGUUAUCCGGAGAACUCCCUAACUGUUGGGGAAAUAUGUUGUUUCUAACCAUGCUUAAUUUGGCAAACAAUAAUCUCUCUGGGAGAAUUCCUGACUCUUUCUGCGGUUCUAGUGUUUGGCUUCAAUCGUUGCAUUUGCAAAACAAUAGUUUCAUCGGAGAACUGCCCAGAUCAUUAAUAAGAUGCUCUUUAUUGGAGCUACUAGAUCUCGGAGAAAAUAGACUCUUUGGCACGAUACCAACAUGGAUAGGUACAAGCCUACCGCAUUUGGCUAUUCUUCGCCUGCCAUCAAACUUGUUCAUGGGUCGUAUACCAUUGCAAUUAUGUGAUCUAACAUCUCUUCAAAUCUUAGACCUCUCUCAAAACAAUAUUACAGGGACUAUACCAGAAUGCCUCAAUAACUUCACUGUCAUGGCUCAAAAAAUUAGUUCAGAUGUAAGCAUUUUUCAUGUAUAUCCGUUUUCUUCUAUUGGGACCAACUUGUAUUCCACUUCCAGCUAUGUUGACAAUUUAUUGGUGACUAUCCAAGCAAAAUAUAAAAAGUAUAGUAAAACUCUUGGACUAGUAAAAAUCAUCGAUCUUUCGAACAACAAAUUGGAAGGAGAAAUUCCAAGAGAAAUAACAAGUCUCUCGGGAUUGAUUGCGUUGAACUUGUCUAGUAACUUGUUGACUGGCAUCAUCCCUCAGAAUAUUAGUCACAUGGAGAGUUUGGAGUCUUUGGACUUGUCGAGAAAUCACCUUUCAGGUAUAAUUGCCCCAAGCUUGGCUACUAUGAGCUAUUUGAACUAUUUGGAUUUGUCAAACAACAACUUGUCAGGUAGAAUCCCAACAGGUACCCAGCUCCAGAGCUUCAAUGCUUCUGCAUAUAUGGGUAACCGAGAUCUUUGUGGCUUGCCUCUUCUUAAAAGGUGUGUGGGAGAUAAUGUAGCUCAAGGUCCUCAAGCUGGUAGUAAACAAGGAGAAGGCAACAUUCAAGAACAUGCAAACUCCCACGAACAUCUAUGGUUUUAUGCUACAAUUGCACUCGGAUUCAUUGUCGGAUUUUGGGGCGUUUGUGGAUCAUUGAUAUUGAAGAGUUCUUGGAGGCAUGCCUAUUUCGGGUUCUUAGAGAGAACAGGAGAUAGGCUCUAUGUAAAAAUAGCAAUCAGCAUGGCCAAAUUAGUGAGAAACUUCAAGACUCAAUGUUAA